UAUAUCCUCUCAGCUUGAGGCCAUAACAUUUCACAGUUACGAUUGACUCCUUGCCUAAUCCUACAAAUAUCAAAGCGUAACAUGGCUCCCUCAGCAAUUUCCCCGCCCUCAUCUCUAACUUCUCAACCCUCCACCUCUUCUUCUGACCUCCCCACGUACCGUGGUUACCACCAUGUGCACUGGUACGUCGGAAACGCAAAACAAGCCGCAUCUUAUUAUGUUUCCCGCUUGGGCUUUGAGCGCGUCGCAUAUCGCGGCCUCGAAACUGGAUCUCGAGCUUAUGCAUCCCACGUCGUACGAAAUGGAAACGUUACGUUCGUUCUGACAUCACCGUUAAGAUGUGUGGAGCAGAGCAAUAAAUUUGGAGAAGACGAGGGAAGGCUUUUAAAAGAGAUGCAUGCGCACCUUGAGAAGCAUGGAGAUGCCGUGAAGGACGUAGCCUUCGAAGUCGAUAACCUCGACUCAAUUUACACGGCAGCGAUAUCAGCUGGCGCCGAAUCCGUUGCGCAGCCUCACACUCUCUCAGACAAGUAUGGCGACAUUCGAUUAGCUACGAUAAAGACAUACGGUGACACGACACACACACUCAUUGAAAAAUCCAACUACAACGGAAUCUUCCUACCCGGAUAUCGGGACGAAUGGGCACGAGAUCCUCUGGCAAAGUUUCUUCCCCAAAUCAAGCUUGAGGCAAUAGACCACUGCGUCGGAAACCAGGACUGGGACGAAAUGGAAAACGUUUGCGACUACUACGAAAACGUUCUGGGCUUCCAUCGAUUCUGGUCCGUUGACGAUAAAGACAUCUGCACGGAAUACUCCGCGCUUAAGUCAAUAGUGAUGUCUUCUCCGAAUGACGUCGUCAAAAUGCCCAUCAACGAACCCGCUCACGGGAAAAAGACCUCCCAGAUCGAAGAAUACGUCGACUUCUACGGUGGUCCAGGAGUUCAACACAUCGCGCUUCGAACCACCGAUAUUAUCUCUGCCAUUAGCAACCUUAAAGCGCGGGGCUUGGAAUUCAUAAAAGUCCCUGAGACCUACUACGAUCAGAUGAAGUUGCGGUUGAAGCGUGCAGAGAUGGUACUGAAUGAGGAUUUUGAGAAGCUGAAGGAGUUGGAUAUUCUAAUCGACUUUGAUGAAGGCGGGUAUUUGUUGCAGCUGUUCACAAAGCACCUGAUGGAUCGGCCCACAGUUUUUAUUGAGAUCAUUCAGAGGAAUAAUUUCGAUGGAUUUGGGGCGGGGAACUUCAAGAGUUUAUUUGAAGCGAUUGAGAGGGAGCAGGAGGUGAGAGGUAAUCUGUUGUGAGCGAGUUGCGCAAGGUUACAGCUUCCCAGUGCAUGAAGGAUCAGGCGAAAAGUAAAUUGAGGCCUAGGACCAGAUAAGGAAGAUUGCAUUACAAAAUAAGCAUCCUUUAACACCACCACUGAAGAGAAUGUGUUAUGAAUU